AAUUUGGAACUAAGGCUCGAUUUGAGACACAGCCAAACCUCGGUUUGGAGCAGGGCAGAAUGGCUGGAGGUGCCCUAAAGGAGUUUAACACAGCUCGUUCUUAACCGUUCAGUAGUUUACAGCGACUUAUGUCCGAAAGAUUAAAAAAGCAGUUAAAGAAGAUCACAUAAAUCACGGGACUGUGAUUUCGGCUUUUUAACGGCUGCUUCCAUGCAGCGGUGUCCGGCCGUGCGGCUCUCCAACGGCCUCAGUAUUCCAGCACUGGGGCUGGGGACGUCACAUGAUGGUGGAUACUCCCAUGAAGCAGUGGUCUACGCUGUCCAGGAGUGUGGCAUCAGGCACAUAGACACAGCCAAAAGGUACGGAUGUGAAGAGGCCUUGGCCAGGUCCUUGUCGGAGAGCAGAGUACCACGUGAGGACAUUUGGAUCACUACUAAGCUGUGGCCAGGGGACUAUGGGUACCAGAGUGCCAAGGAGGCCUGCAGGGCCUCUGCUGCCAGGCUUGGAGUGGAGUAUUUAGACUUGUAUCUAAUGCACUGGCCUGACUGCAUGAUCUCCGGCCGCUCCAACAGAGAAGUUCGAGCAGAGACGUGGAGAGCGCUGGAGGACCUGUGCGAUGAAGGAUUAUGUCGUGCUAUUGGUGUGAGUAACUUCCUCAUCCCACAUCUCGAGGAGCUGAAAGAAGACUGUGGAGUGGUGCCUCAUGUUAACCAGGUCGAGUUCCACCCCUUCCAGCAACCAUGGGAGCUGGUAGAGUACUGCCGCAAGGAGGGCAUAGCAUUUGAGGGCUAUUGCCCUCUAGCCAAGGGCCAGGCCCUCACCCAUCCACUCAUCCUGGAGCUGGCGAAGAAGUACAGCCGCAGUGCCUCCCAGAUCUGCAUCCGCUGGAGCAUUCAGAAUGGGGUCAUCACAAUCCCAAAGUCCACCAAGCCGCAGAGGAUUUCCGAAAACUGCCAAGUUUUUGGGUUCACGCUAUCAGAAGAGGACAUGGAGAGUAUUGGGCAACUACACACUAAUAAAAAGUUAAUUCAUCUCAGUUACCCUCUCUGGAAAGGAUAACGAGGGCAAAUUAGGGCUAAAUAUACACGAUACAGGUCCGGUCAUAAUCAUGUCACCGAAUGAGAAAAGAGGCUAUAAUUUAACAAUAUCAAAGGCCUUUUUUCCGCUGUCUCUUUUCACCAAAUGGUUCUCAGGGUUAUACUGUGCUGUUCCACGCUGGUUAAGUUAUGGUUUCUUGUUUCCAUAUGCUGUGCUACUAACUCAGAACCAGGAAAUACUGAAGAAAACUACACACGAAAGUGGCUCAGCAAUGGCUAACAGGCUGCCAGUGCUACAAAACGUGUUUGACGAUUCUGGAUGUCACUCCAACAGCAGUCACUCGAUUUUGUGCUCUUUAUCCUCUAAAUAGUUCAUAUUAAGCACGAUUGUUCAUACCAAAUUAAAAGACAAGUCCUGUCUACCUUGAGAACAUCUGAUCUUUGAUUGUCCGAGCGCACCAGCGGGUGGGAAAAAUAUUAACCAAUAAUGUUUCACCUCCUCCAAUCAUAGAGAGCCAAAGCUCAGCUAGCUCAGAGACCCUCCCUGAAACGGUGCUUCAUUAACAAACAUCCCAAUACAGAAGGAAGAUGGAUUAUUAUUUCCCAUUCACACUGAACUUUACUAGUGUCCCACACUGUAUCUGUUAUUCGUCUAUUAUGAUUCUAAAUAACUGUAAUUGAAGGGUUUCGUUCCAAAACUCACUGAAGACUGAGCCCCACUCAUGGUAAAACGUAUUUACCAUUAUACAUCAGCUGUUACUCAUUUUAAAACCUUGUUAAAAAUGGCAAAACAGCAUUUUGGAAUUAAAGUCUUCAAAUACUGCUCAAUUUCUAUCAAGAAGCUGGCUUCUUGAAACACUACUCAAUUUUAAAAGUAUACAAUUAUAUACAAUUGUUAUUUGUGUAUUUUAAUACAGGGUAAAAUUUUAAUUUUGUGAAUAAUUAUAAAAUAAAUCCACGCUGAUACGAGUUAAGUGUCAAUAUUUAAUCCAUCCCUCUCAUUUAGAAUCACUGUUGUACACAAGUUACAUUUUUCUUUAAUAUCACAGGUUUUUUUUUUUUAAUUCCUCAUCCUCCAGCUUCCAGUUUCACCUCUCAAACAAACAAAAAAGCAGAUUGUAUUAUACAAAAAAUGCAAACCAAUUUUCACACAGUGAAUUGUUUUACAAAGUCAUAAAAUGGCGUAAUAAUGGCUACAUCCACAUUGGAGUAAGAUGGUUCUAAACAUUCCUUAAUGGAGUAUAAUCUAUAUUUAUAUAUAAAACCUUUCCUUGUUGAAAUCAAGCCUGUACCUUAAUUUAAGAGAUUUUACAAGACGACUUGGAAGUAAUCAUAAAAAA